CGCAUGCCGAAGCUUGAAGCGACACGAGUCAUAGCCAAGUUAGUCGGAACAGUCGACAGUCGGCAGUCGGCAGCCAACAAAACAAUCGGAAUCAUCGGGCAGAGCUUCAGUCUUCAGUCGAGCAACGUAACUCGAACGCAACGCAACGGACGGCGGUGCCGCGCAGCAGUACCACGAAAAGACUAGCAAACUAACAAUAAAAACAAUAAUAACAACAAAUUGAAGGAGAGAGCGAGAGACAAGCGUGAAAUACGUCAAAAGCAGCAGCAACAAUUCAUAACAAUUCGUAACACAGCAGGCGACACAUACUCCGGCAUCGACGCGACGGCAACAACAACAACAACAAAACGUGGCUCGUGCACGGGCGAGAACGCUUAUGUAAAGUGUAAUAUGGAAGCAUGUCUUCCACAUCCAGCUCCGUGCUAACGCUGUCAUCGUUCAAUUUAUUAUUUUUCACCCAAGUGCUAACGGUGCUUAGUAUCACCAUCAAGUACAACGAAUACGCAACGGAUAAAGGCGGCAAUUUCAGCAUACCCUGCAUUGCACAGGGCAAUAUUAUGUGGGUGAAGGAGCACGGCAACAAUAACACCAUUAUACAGACGGGUCGAGUGCUGGUGCUGCGCAAUGUGAGUACCUCGGACAGCGGCAUUUAUGUUUGUUUUGCGACGCUGCCAGUGACAACGAGGCAGACGACAACAACAACAACAGCCACAACAACAAGUACAACUGUGACCACAGCAAUAGCAGCAACAUCGAGGACGAUAACAACGGCGACACCAACGACGGCGACGAAGACGACGACGACGCAGGCAGCAACAAUCCCAGCGACAGCAGCAACUACCUCACCGCAGCAGCAGCAGCAGCAGGAGAAUGAAGAUAAGCAGGAAGAGCACAAGCAAAACGUGAAGAUUGCUGAUGAUGAUGAGAAAGGCCAUGACAAUGAGCAGGUCAAGCAGGUGGAGCAGGUGGAGAAGGAGAAGGAGGAGGAGGAGGAAGAGGAGCUGGAGUAUCAGGCUUUUCAGCGCAUCAGGCUAACGGUGCGCACCACUCCGGGCCCCGUGACACAGCUGUACUUCAAGGCCUCGACAAUACUGGGCUUUCUCAUUUGGCGCUUCAAUAAGACGCAAUCGGGCGGCUAUCCUGUGCGCAGUUUCACGGCCGAAUAUCGCAAUGUCUCGUACCGUGUGCCGCCGGCAAAUGUUAGCUACGAACAUGAAUGGAGUCGCAUGGAUCCCAUUAACAUAGCACCCAAUGUGCGUCAAAUGGAAGUCUAUCGCCUGGCACCGAAUACCACCUACGAGUUUCGAAUAUGGGCCAACAAUGAGCUGGGCAGCGGCGAGGUGGUCACCACCAAUGUGACAACAUUGCCGGAGACCAAGGAAGAGGAUCUCAUACGCCUUAUUAAACCCGACUUAGAUAAUUUCGAUCCUCGCAUUUGGAUAGUCGCCGUCAGCAUAGUGCUGGGAACACUUGUGAUAUUAGCCAUCGGACUCUGUAUUGUGCUCUCUAAGGAGUGCUAUCAAUCAACGCAAAUGGAACUUCAAGAUGGUUGGGACAGCAUUGAGCUUAUACCGAAUAUAAUACUUAAUCCCGGUUUCAGUGAAUCUGACGGAGCUAAGAGCGCGCCGCCGUUCACGCGCACCGUUAUCUUUGGCCACAACGGACGAGCGUACGAUGAUGAUGAUGAUGACGAUGAGGAUUACGAGGAGGAACAGGAGCCGACUAUGGAGAAAUUCAAGCGCAAAGUAUCGGUAUUCUUUACAGGUCCCACCAUUAAACGUAUUUGAAAGUACAAAAUGCAAUUCUAUGGCGUUGCUUUCGACUUCACAGAUUCAUUUAGGUUGUUGAUUGUGCUACGGUUCGGAGUUCGCAAUUCAUAUAUACAACACACACAUAUAGUAUACAUUCACUUGUGUCUGUAGAGCUUAUCAAAAAUAAUAGAUUUCGGUUCGGUUUCAGUUGCCAGAACACAGGAUUGAUUGAUUAGUACUUACUGCAAUACGCUAUUAAGGGUUCGCUUUGCUUUACGACAAACAUAAACAAACAAAACCAAAAAUAAAAUCUGAAUAAGAAAGGAGAAAUGCAUUCUAAAUCAUUACGAAUAAGUUCCGACUAACAAAAGUGAGCUUCAUGAAGAACUGAAACCUUAAAAACUAUGAAUCGUUAAACUAAUCUAAACUAAUGCAGUUAAUUUGGUCUCUCAGCUCGCUACAACUUGAAUUAUUUACAGAAAAUGUUGAACAUUUUGUGCUCAUAUUAGAUUGUUCAGGUUGCAGACAGACAUUACUCUUAUAAACACAUUGUGUAUUUUACAUGAUAUAAACAUAAACAUAACUAAUAAUAAUAAUAAAAUGACAAAAAUAUUGCUGUGAUACAAAUUCAAUUGAAAUGGACAUUGUAAGGAUUUAUAAAUACGAGUACUCGUAAAUAGCAAAAUCAAAUUGAAAGACACAAUCCCAAAUUAUGUACGAACAACUAACUAAUUUAGUUACAAGUAACAAGAUAAUAUAUUAUUCGAAUUGAAACAUCAAACUCACAUAUAUUACAUCACAGAUUUGCUGAAAUUCGAUUAUUUAAAUAGUUCUAGCCAAAUGAAAUAGUUUUGAAAAUGCUGUUAAUAAUUUUCUUGUUUCGUUUAGCUUAAAAUUUAGAAAAAAAAAAAACAGAUGAAAACACAACUGUGAAAGAAUUUUAUAAUUAUGCAAAUAUUUUGCACAGUAACGCGCACCAAAAAUAAAAAAUAAAAAAUAAAGAUUAUAUAGUAUACAUAUAUGAAAUGAGAUUAGUUGUUACAUCAACGAAAUGUGCUAUGAUUUAAAAAUCGAUUGUUAAGAACAAAGAAAAGUGCAUAAGAGUUUUUUAAACAUUUUAAAGUGGCAAUGCCGUGUGCUUUAGUUUUCGACUUAGGAGCUACGUACAUAAUUUACAGGAAACAAUUUAAAACCUACAUAUAUAUACAUAUGUAUAUAAAUUAAAUACAAAUAAUAUUUAUAUAGCGUAGUUAAUGUAUCUGAGAUAACUGCUUCCACACAACCCACAAACCCAAAAAAAAAAAAACUAAAAAAAUAUUGACAUUUUUAUGAUACUCUUAAUAGGAACACAUUCAGUUGAAUAAAUAAAUGCAAAAUCAAAAAACGCAAACAACAAGAAAAAACUAGCACAAAAACUAAUAUUAUAAUUAUAUAUAUGAAUAAAUUCGAAAUAAAUUUAUAUACAUACAUGUAAAUUAAGAAAGACUGUAGCUAAUUGUUAAGACACUUAGCCUGAUUGUUUAAUGAUGCUUUAAAUUAUCAAAAUCAAUGUCAAUACUUUACUACCUAUUAUAGUAUUCUGUUUUUUCACACACACAUUUUUCUCGAUUAUUAUUUAGUAUUUUUUUUAGGAGAGAAACUAACUUUAGUAUACUGCACACGCUUAUGCCUUAAAAACUUACGCAUAGGUUCUAGUAGUUAUUGCUUCGAGUUUAUCGUUCUCAAUACGCUUCUCAAAACACAACACAAGAUGAGGUCAGCAAUGAUUUAAUUAUGAAAUUCUGUGCAUAUAGUAUGUAAUCAUUGUAUGUACAUAUACUACAUAUACAUAUAUAUACAUAGCUGCUUUGACUUAAGAUUCCAAGUAAUACAUUGAAGCUCCUAAUGCUUUUUGUAAAUCAACGCUGAAAAUACUAUUUAAAAAAAACUAAAACUGUGGAAAAUGAUAAAAAAUUGGUUAUACUACAAUAAAGUAACAACACUUCACACACACACACACACAAACAAACACACAUACAAUUUGAAAUAAAACAAAGUUUACAUAAUGCAAAAAG